CUCGUACAGGAAUCGAAACACGUUUUACAAUCAUCCACGAACAUCUCUUUACGAGUGUAACUUGAAGCAUAAAUAUGACUAACGCCACUGGGUUCCACGUUCUCUUUCUGUCUUAUAUACCUCAUUCCCCCACACACCGUCUCUUUCGUUGUCUCUUCCUUCAGCGUCUAUCUUCCCUCGUCGAAGCCUUCAACACUCCGCCUCUUAAUCACGCUUGUCUUUGACUUAAUGCGCUUGAUUGAUGUCAAGGCCUUCGUCGACUUUGUCGAAGGCAGGGCCAGACCUGAAACCAGGCUUCUUGUCGAAUUCAAUGCGAUCAGACUUACACACACAUCAUAUGCCAUAUUAUCCCAUUGUUGGGGCGCUCCGGAAGACGAGGUGCAGUUUACAGAGAUGGAAGGACUUACGACGAUGGACACCACCACCAGAGACGAUAUAUCAAGGCGCAGUGGGUACCGAAAAAUUUAUGGAAGCUGCAAGCAGGCCCUUGGCGAUAAACUGCAUUGGCUUUGGGUGGACACGUGCUGCAUUGACAAGAGGAGCAGUGCUGAAUUAUCAGAAGCCAUCAACUCCAUGUUCGUGUGGUAUGCGAACUCGGAGGUCUGUUAUGCGUUCCUCCACGACGUGAACACUGAUGUCCUCCCUACCAAACACCAUGCCGAUUUCGCCGAGUUCAAUGGCUGGCCCGGCUGGUUUUCGCGCGGAUGGACACUCCAAGAGCUCGUCGCCCCCGAACAUGUCCGCUUUUUCAACAAGGAGUGGGUGUAUAUCGGUGAUAAGAAUGACCAUGCACACACGUUGAAUAUCAUUACCCGGAUUUCCGUCGACGUCUUGGUGAAGGGUCUGAGCUUUUCACGUCCAAGUGUAGCGCAGAUUAUGUCUUGGGCUGCUGACCGGACGACAACGCGAGAGGAAGACAGAGCAUAUUCGUUACUGGGGCUAUUUGGCGUGCAUAUGCCAAUGUUGUAUGGGGAGGGGAAGAACGCGUUCCUCCGACUGCAAUUGGAAAUCAUCCGGUCGACCAACGACCAAAGCAUAUUUGCCUGGGGCUGGAGAAAAGCGAUCGGACGGAGUAGGAGCUUCCUAGCUGAGGAUCCUAGCGACUUUCAAGACUGUUCAAACAUUGAACAAAUCGAUCGCAGAGAAUUCGUACGUACCCUCGGAAAGAGUUUGUCGAGGAGAGAACUACGCAAGGUCACAGCUGCGGAAGAACGGCUCCGCACAUUCACUGUAACAAAUGACGGAAUUCAAAUAUGGCUUCCCUUCCAACACACCGCGACUCUUGAGCCUUGUCAACUGUCCGCUAAGAUAGCGAUACUGGCAUGCAAUAACGCCCAAGAAGCCUCUGGUCCAAUAACUGUCUUGGUGGAGACCACGGCUUUCACCUCCCUUUCUAGAUAUUUCUGCCCUCGGACAAUGAAUAAUUGGGAUAAAGAAAAGUCGGUCGAAUUCCAGCAGAUCUUUCUUCCAUACAGAGAUGAUUCCCACAAGAAAGUCAGAGGCCCACUAACUACUCAGACCGGAGUACGAGCUCAAAUUAGAAUGACAGAUAUCAAGGCUGAUGAUGUCGUGAUCUUGUUCUUGGGACCAAUGGGUUCUAAAAAGAGUGACUUUAUCGAUAAACUUACCUUCCAACCGGAAAGAAAUGUCCGUGAAAUUAAACCCCGCACGCAUCGUACUAGCGCCCAAACGCACGUCCGUAACGGGAAGCGUUUUGUCUUCAUAGACACGCCCACAUUUGAGCCUGACGUGACAACAAUUAGAGAAAUAUCCAUGUGGUUGGACUUCAUAUACCGUAGAUCCAUCAAGCUUACCGGCGUGAUCUACACACAUGACAUAACGACUGACAAAGACUUCGAGGGCGCUAAACACAACUUUCGAAUUCUUUCUGCCAUCUGUGGGAUGGAAGCGGCUGAUCGAAUGCGACUGGUGACAACCACGUUGGAUGAUUUGGAUGAAUCGGAUGCGUCUGAUGUGGAGCAUUCACUGAAAGCCCAUUUGGACCUAUUCCUUGGCGCAGGGGCUCGUUGGGAAAAGUUCCCUGAUGCUUCAGACUCAGCAUGGGGGAUUCUGGAGGGGCUAGGAGAAGAAAGGAAAGCACUCCAGGUUCAGAGGGAAAUGGUUGAAAUGAAUUGGGAAUUGCACUGGAUAUCUGCUUUACGAAUCGUAUGACCUCUUUAGUACCGACUGACGCAUGUUGCGCGAGAUUUGUACAGCAGUUAUAUAGUUGUACCAGGUCGUACCCUUCUCCGUGUAAGCUGCACGAUGUGGAGCACAUGUCCGCCAAUUAUCCUCCCAAGCAUGGGUUUGGUACAUGACGAC